CCGCCGCGCGCCGCGCAUCGCCUGCGCCGCUCCCGUUACCGAGGCAACCGCGGCGCCGACGCGGCGCCGACUCCGCGCCGGCUGGGAUCGUCUCUCGGCGCCAUUUUCAAACUGUCCUAGCGCCGGCGCCGGAGUCUGGGGCGGAAGGAGCCAGCGAGGGAGGCGACGCGCGAGGGGCGAUGCGGCCGCAGGCGGAGGAAGCGGCGGCUGGAGCUGGGGGACUUUAAUUUUGGGGAGUGAAUAAAACUAGUUUUGGAAGACAAGAUGACUGCAGCUGCAGAAAGAAAGUACAUUAAUAUUAGAAAAAGAUUGGAUCAGUUGGGAUACCGCCAGACUCUGACAGUGGAGUGUUUACCAUUGGUAGAAAAACUUUUCAGUGACCUAGUUCAUACAACAGAAAGUCUUCGGAAAUCAAAAUUAUCUACUGUGAAAGCUGAAAAAGAAAGUGCCAAUUUUGAUUUUGUUUUGGAACCUUAUAAACUUGAAAAUGCAAGAUUGAUCAAGGAAAAUAAUGAAUUAUACCUGGAAUUAAUGAAACUGAGAGAACAAUCAGGUCAACACAUUAAAGAGUUGAAAACUACGUUGAAGAAGUGUGCACGUGAAACAGCUGAUCUGAAAUUUCUAAACAACCAAUAUGUUCAUAAACUCAAACUUUUGGAGAAAGAGAGCAAAGCUAAGAAUGAAAGAAUUCAACAACUUCAAGAAAAGAAUUUGCACGCUGUAGUACAAACUCCAGGUGGCAAAAAAAGAAGUAUUGCUUUCAGGCGCCAGCGUAUGCAGAUUGAUGAACCAGUCCCUCCCUCCGAAGUCAGUUCAUAUCCAGUUCCGCAGCCUGAUGACCCUUACAUUGCAGACCUCCUGCAGGUGGCUGAUAACAGAAUUCAAGAACUGCAGCUGGAAGUCCACCAGUUACAAGAAAAGUUAGCAAUGAUGGAAAGUGGACUGAGAGAUUAUACGGAGCAGAUUGAGCUAAGAGAACGAGAGAUAGAACGACUAUCAGUAGCACUGGACAGUGGCCGUUCCCCUGAUAUUCUCUCUCUGGAGACUAGAAAUAAAACCAAUGAAAAACUUAUUGCUCAUUUAAAUAUUCAGGUUGACUUUCUUCAGCGAGCUAAUAAAGACCUGGAGAAGCAUAUACAGGAGCUUAUGGAAACCAAGGAAACAGUGACUACUGAAGUUGUUAAUCUAAGUAACAAAAAUGAAAAACUCUGCCAGGAAUUAACUGAAAUAGAUCAGUUAGCACAGCAGUUAGAGAGACAUAAAGAAGAAGUGCUUGAGACUGCCGAUAAAGAACUUGAGGAAGCAAAGAAAGAGAUUAAAAGAAAGCUUUCUGAAAUGCGGGAUCUUGAAGAAACAAUGGCAAAACUUCAACUGGAAUUAAACUUAUGCCAUAAAGAAAAGGAGAGACUGAGUGAUGAACUACUUAUAAAGUCAGACCUGGAAACUGUUGUUCAUCAGCUUGAACAAGAAAAGCAAAGACUUAACAAAAAAAUGGAAAGUUUUGCAGUUACAGAAAGAGAACUUACUCUGGAAGUUGAAAGGAUGAGGCUAGAACAUGGAAUAAAACGUCGAGACAAGUCACCCUCUCGUUUAGAUACAUUUCUGAAAGGUAUAGAAGAAGAACGAGAUUUUUAUAAGAAAGAACUAGAAAGACUCCAACAUAUAAUACAGCGAAGAUCUUGCUCUAUAAAUUAUUCUACACGUGAAAAAAUUCCAAUAUUUAAAACACUAGAAAAGGGUGAUUACAACUCAGAAAUUCAUCUGAUCACAAGAGAAAGAGAUGAACUUCAGCGUAUGCUGGAAAGAUUUGAAAAACAUAUGGAGGACAUACAGUCCAAUGUUAAAUUAUUGACAGCAGAAAGAGAUAAACUAAGUGUCUUAUAUAAUGAAGCUCAGGAACAGUUAUGUGCACUAAGACAAGAGUCUACCAAAACCACACUCUCCCAUAAUAUUGUGAGUCUUAUGGAAAAAGAAAAAGAACUUGCAUUAUCUGACUUAAGAAGGAUUAUGUCAGAAAAAGAAGCUUUAAAAGAAAAGUUAAAAGAUCUCCAGGAAAUGAGUAUUUUUGAAAAAUCAAAAUUAGAGAAAACUAUUGAACAUUUGACAUGUAUUAACCAUCAGCUUGAAGAUGAAAAAUGUGAUUUAAAGUCUAAAGUGUUAAUAAUGAAAGAAACAGUAGAGUCAUUAGAGAACAAAGCAAAACUCCAAGCUCAAAAACUUAGCCAUGUGGCUGAUGACUCAUCUCAUCGGAAGACAGAGAUGAACUCGCUUAGGAUAGUAAAUGAGCAGCUACAGAGGUCACUUGAUGAUUGUCAGCACCGGCUGUCCAAGAAAAGAGGUGAACUUGAAUCAGCCCAAGCCCAAAUUAACAUACUGGAGGAAAAAAUAGGUAAACUGCACCUUCAGAUGACUUCGCAGAAUGAAGAGGCUCAUGUGAUGAAAAAGACCAUUGGUGUUAUUGACAAAGAAAAAGACUUUCUUCAGGAGACUGUAGAUGAGAAGACAGAAAAGAUUGCAAACUUGCAAGAAAACCUGGCUAGUAAAGAAAAAGCUAUUGCUCAGAUGAAGAAGACAGUCUCAGAGUAUGAAUCUUCUAUGAACCAGCUAAAGGAAACGUUGACGAAUCGGGACCGAGAAAUAAGCAGCCUCCGGCGCCAGCUUGAUGCAGCUCACAAAGAACUUGAUGAGGUAGGAAAAUCUAAAGAAAUGUCUUUCAAGGAAAACAGAAGAUUACAAGAUGAUCUGGCUACAAUGGCAAGAGAAAACCAGGAAAUCUCACUGGAAUUGGAAGCAGCAGUGCAAGAAAAAGAAGAAAUGAAGAGUAGAGUUCAUAAUUACAUAACUGAGGUGUCGCGAUGGGAGAGCUUAAUGGCUGCUAAGGAAAAGGAAAAUCAAGAUUUGUUAGAUAGAUUUCAGAUGCUUCAUAACCGUGCUGAAGACUGGGAGGUCAAAGCCCAUCAAGCUGAGGGAGAAAGCAGCUCAGUUCGACUGGAACUUCUUUCUAUUGACACAGAGAGGAGACACCUUCGAGAAAGGGUGGAGCUAUUAGAAAAAGAAAUUCAGGAGCACAUAAAUGCACAUCAUGCUUAUGAAUCUCAGAUCUCAUCAAUGGCAAAAGCCAUGUCUAGAUUAGAAGAAGAGCUGAGACAUCAAGAAGAUGCAAAAGCGGCGGUGUUGAAUGAUCUGUCGUCUCUUAGAGAACUUUGCAUUAAGCUUGAUUCAGGCAAAGAUAUUAUGACCCAACAACUGAAUUCCAAAAGCCUGGAGUUAGAGAGGGUCAUGGCAGAAUUAGAAAAUGCAAAAUCAGAAGCAGAACUGUUAAAAAAACAACUGUCAAGUGAGAGACAUACAAUUAAAAACCUUGAAUCAUUGUUGGCUACAAAUAGAGAUAAGGAAUUUCAUUCUCAUUUAACAUCCCACGAGAAGGAUACAGAAAUUCAGCUACUUAAAGAGAAGUUAACCCUUUCAGAAAGUAAAUUAACUAGUCAAGGCCGGGAAAACACCAUGCUUCGGGCUAAAGUGACACAAUUACAAACCGAUCACGAUGCUCUGAAAAGGCAGAUUUCAACUGAAAGAUACGAACGAGAACGAGCAAUCCAAGAGAUGCGUCGCCAUGGUCUUCCCACACCACCCCUUUGUUCUACUCUGAGGUCUCCUUUACAUUCUCCUGAACAUAUAAACUGUUAAUUAUCAGAAGAUCACUUCUCGAUGCUGGCUGCAAACACUGUGUCCUCAGAACUUCAAAGCUUUGCUGUAUUAAUUUGAAUGUGAUUAGAUGGAGGUUCAGCUUCUCCUUAUAAAGCCUUGUAACAGCUGUGACGUAUACAUUUUCUCAUACUAGAUUCACAGCUACAUAUUAGAUCAGGGAUUGGUAAGCUAAGGUCUGUGAGCCAACUGUACUCCACUGCCUAUUUUUGUAAAUUUAGCUUUAUUGGAGCAUAGCCACAGCUGUUUAUAUAUCGUGUAAGACUGCUUUUCUACAGUUGCUGAAUUGAGUAGUUGUAAUGGAGACCCCAUGGCCCACAAAUCUAAAAUAUUUACUACCUGGCCUUUCACAUCCUGUGGCCUCUAGAAAAUUCCGCUGUACACCCGUGAGAUAGUAGAGUGAAAAAACAAAUCUUUAGUUUUAUGAAAAUAGGCUUUACCUUAUAAGACCCCCCAAAAGGGUCUUGGGGACUCCCAGAGAUCCCCAGAUUCUACUUUAAGAACCACUGAUAUAGAACAUACUGGAUUUCAGCAAUCUCUAAAGCUGAAUUAGAAAACUUUUUGUUUUGUUUUUGUUUUUGUUUUUUUUUAAGAUUUUAUUUAUUUAUUUGACAGAGAGAGACACGAUGAGAGAGGGAACACAAGCAGGGGGAGUGGGAGAGGGAGAAGCAGGCUUCCUGCUGAGCAGGGAGCCCAAUGCAGGGCUUGAUCCCAGGACCCUGGGAUCAUGACCUGAGCCGAAGACAGACACUUAACGACUGAGCCACCCAGGCACCCCUGUUUUGUUUUGCUUUAAAGGUUUUUUAUUUUUAAGUAAUAUCUACACCCAACAUGGGGCUCAAACUCACAACCCCAAGAUCGAGAGUAACCUGUUCCACCGACUGAGCCAGCCAGGCAUCCCAAAACUUUUUAAUUGCGAUAAAAUAUAUAUAACGUGAAUUUUGCCAUCUUAACUAUUUUGAAAGUGUACAACUCAGUGGCAUUAAAUUCACAAUGUUGUACAGCCAAAACCACUAUUUCCAAAACUUUUUCAUCACCCCAACCAGAAACUCUAUAUCCAUUAGGCAGUAACUCUCCAGUCGCCUGACUUUACCUCCGUAGGCCCUGGAAAUCUGUAAUCUACUUUUCUAUGAAUUUGUCUAUUCUGGAUUUUCAUGUAAGUGAAAUCAUACUAUAUUUGUCCUUUUGUGUUGGGCUUGUUUCACUUAGGAUCAUGUUUUCAAGGUUCAUCUAUAUUGUAGUGUGUGUCAGAACUUGAUUCUUUUUUAUGGUUGAAUAAUAUUCCUGUGUGUGUUUGUGCCACAUUUUGUUUAUCUACUCAUCAGUUGAUGGACACCUGGAUUGUUUUCACCUCCUAGCUAUUGUGAAUAAUGCUGCUAUGAACAUUGGUGUAUGGUAUCUGUUUUAGUCCCUGUUUUCAAAUCUUUUGGGAGUACCUAAGAAUAGAGUUUCUGGGUCAUAUGGUAAUUCUGUGUUUAAAUAAUAUAUCCCCACUGAGAAAACAUAAAAUACAAAAAUAUAAAGAAGGAAACAAAAUCACUUCUUUUAACAUUUUUUUAUUGUUAUAAAAUAUAUAUAACAUCAAAUGUAUCAUUCUAACCAUUUUUAAGUGUGCAUUUCUCUGGCAAUUAGUACAUUCACAUUAUUAUGCAAAAAUAAUGUCCACUGUCCAUCUCCAGAACUUUUUUAUCUUCUUCAACUGAAACUCUUUACCCAUUAAACACUAACUCCCCAUCCUUCCCUCCCCCCCAGCUCCUGGCAACCACCAUUACAAAUUUCUGUCUCUAUGAAUUUGACUACUCUGUUUACCUCAUAUAAUUGGAAUCAUACAGUAUUUGUCCUUUUUGUGACUUACAGUGUUUUCAGGGUCCAUCCAAGUUGGAGCAUGUGUCAGAAUUUCCGUCUUUUUUGAGGCUGAACAAUAUUCUGUUGUAUGAAUACACCACGUUUUGUUUAUCCAUUCGUGAGUUGAUAGAUACUUAAGUUGCUUCUGUCUUUUGGCUGUUGUGAAAAUGGAUGUACAAAUCAAAAUCACUUUUAAUCCUACAACCCAGAGAAAUUAGCAAUUAUCAUUUUGGUAUAUACUUUCUUCGUGUGUUUGAUGUGUAAUAAAUACACACAUUCAUAGACAUAUAAUUCUAAUAGAGAUCAUACUCGAAAUAGUUUUUAUCCUAUUUUUUGUUUUGUUUUGUUCUUUGGGGUUUUUCCCCCUUAAUAAAUUGUUGAGAGCAUCUGUUCUUUUUUUUUUUUAAUAUUUUUAUUUAUUUAUUUGAGAGAAAGAAUGAGAGAGAGAGAGCAUGAGAGGGGGGAGGGUCAGAGGAAGAAGCAGACUCCCUGCCGAGCAGGGAGCCCGAUGCGGGACUCCAUCCCAGGACUCCAGGAUCAUGACCUGAGCCGAAGGCAGUCGCUUAACCAACUGAGCCACCCAGGCGUCCCGAGAGCAUCUAUUCUUACCAUUGAAAGUAUUUUCAAAAAUGCCAUUUUAAAAUCAUUAUGUAACAGUUCAUCACAUGAAUAUUCCAUGAUUUACUUAGAUUACUUUCUCAGUGUUUCCAUUGUGGAAUUUUUCAUUGUGUGUGUGUGUUUGUGUGUGUUUGUGUUUUAAUUGGGAGGCUGAUUAAAUAGCACAUAAGGUUAAAAUAUUUGAAAAAAUAUUUGACUAUCCAUACUAUGCUGUUUUAAGACUCAACACAAUUUACAGUACUUGUAUAUUAUCCUAAAUGUCAUAUUGUUCCUCAGUUUGAGUGAUUUUUCUCAAUUAAUAUGCUGUGUUAUCCCUUUCUUUUCACUAUUCAUUUAGUCCUCAUAUACUUUGAUGUACUUCCGUGGUUUGAGGGGAAUAUCUUUUUGAAGUGUAGAGCAGUACUUCUGAGCUAUUAACUAUAACUUGAUUAUGGGCAAAGGCUUUAUUGGAGACUACAAUUUCAGUUAAAACUGAAAACAAUCUCAGUUUUUUGUGAAUGUUCUAAGUAAUUUUGUCGUUUUUCUCUUAACUCACCUUUCUUGUCCGCUCUU